AUGAAAUACUUUGUUGGAGUUAUCCUGUUCGCUUACUUUAUCGCAACACUUGCCAACUCUACGGUUAAACCGACGAAGGAAGUUCACUGCAAUGUGAAUAAUAACUACAACAGCUUUUACGCCGGACCAAACUGCAAGAAAAUCGAGCAACAACUGGAGGAAAUACGACAAGAAAUCAGGGCAUUGAGAGAAAAUAAAACUACUGGGUCCGGUAACGGAAAAGGUUUGUAACAACAACUUAAUUUGAUUUAAUUUGAUCGAAUUUGUACUGUAGAUGAGCAAACUAAGUGGAUCCUCAUCGAUACUUCACUAAAAUACCGUCAAAACACCUCGCAAAAUGUCGCGGAAAUACCAUUCUUGUUUUAUGAGUUCUUUAUAAGUUAUAAGACAAUUUCGUCAAAAAAUUAUUGAAGGCAUUCCCGAAGAAUAUAAGGCCUAUAAAAACAAAAUAAUAAUUAUUGGAUCGUCAUUUUGUUUUCAGUUUACAAGAACUGCGCUGAAGUUUACAAGUACGGUGACAAGAUCAGUGGUGUGUAUAAAAUUAAUCCUGAUGGUUUGGGCGAAUUUGAAGUGUUCUGUGAUCAGAAAACUGCCGGUGGAGGUUGGACUGUUUCAGAAGAGGCGAGAUGGCUCUGUUGAUUUUUUCCGCGUUUGGGAUGAUUACAAACGCGGUUUUGGCAAUCUGAACGGUGAGUUCUGGCUCGGUUUGGAUAAGAUACAUCGGCUGACUGUAAGCGGUGAUUAUAAACUUCGUGUUAACUUGGAAGACAUUCAUGGAAAAACUGCAUUUGCCGAGUACAGCUCCUUUUCUGUCACAAGCGAGAGAGCGAAAUAUCAACUGAAUUUGGGAAGUUAUUCAGGUAAGUUUAUACACUAGACUGAAAAAGAAUCAGUCGGCGAAAAAUGUUGCAAAUUGGAAAAUACAAUAACAGAAGGAAAAAAGAAAGAAAGAAAAUAAGAUUUUUUUUCUUGCCCAAUUGAUCGCGAUUGAACUGUGAAAGUUGUUAAAUGAUUAAUUUUGACAACAACAGUUGACCUAUAUUUGUAAUGUCAUAUUAGAUUAUAUCAAAAAGUUAAAGGUGGCUCCCUAGAGUAAAUUGGCCGUGCGCAGCCUCAGCACUAGUAUGGCGCGAGCUUUGAAAUCCGCGCGACCUCCACGCAGAAAACAAAACAAACAUGGCCUCUCAGUUUCAAAGUAUUCACCCCCAAAAACUUUUUUAGCUCUCUGUUGUAGGUCAAACAUUUAUGAGAGGAGACAAUGUUAAAUUACACCGGUUACAAGUCACUAUCGAUCUCCAUAAGAUUAAAUUGUAUGUAAAAACGAAGCAGAAAUUUUCCACAGACAUCAAUUCUUUCGCUUCAAAAGUAGACAAACGUAAAAUAGUCGAAGUAAAUGGUGAAUGGGAACUUAACAAAGAAAAAGAGAAAUAAGUACACUAACCCUAAAGGAAGCAAUGUUACCCUUUCUGGCCUUUGGUUCACGGACAGUGGAAAGAUCUGAGAGAUUGAGCCAAGUCCCGAACAACCACUGAAGAAUGUCUUCACCGGCGGCGCUCCUCGGUCACUUCAUUUCUCUUACAUUUGAUUUGAUUAACAAAAUUCUAGAAGUGGCUUCAUGAAGGCAAGAUUACAGCAAGUGUAAGUUUUUUUUUGUUUUGCCGACUCUAUCACAUUGUUUAAAAAACUUAUCAGAAGAAAGGUUUCCUACUCUACUUGAAUCCUGAUCGAAGGAACCUUCCCAUCGACGAACCAACAUCCUUGUCCUCUUUCCUUUUCAAAAGCUCUUUAACGCACAUGGUGCACUAGAAAAUGUUGUUGCACAAUGAAAAAAUAAUUCUUGAGCCACAGAUUGACCGUUGAAGAAAGCAAUAGUAGGUUAUCAGUCGAGAACUACGGUCUUGUACGUGCAGCUGAGGACGUGAUGUACUUUUUUUUAGAUCGGCGCCAUCUUUUACAGCAGGCUUUUACAGAAAAACUUCGCCGUCGAAAUUAUCCCUAAAGGAGACAAGGUUGAGAAAGUAUCCGGAAGUGGGCUGGCAUUUGAUAGCCUGCGCGAAGACGAAAUUAAACUCUGGUUAACUCCGUCUGCGAAACAGCGCCGAAAUCCUUGUUCUGGACUUCCAGCUGUGUACCCAGAUUUGAGUACGCACCACGAUUGGCCAGUUAAAAAAGACCUUUGUUUUGUUUGUCGCAAGACUGAUAAUAGCCAAACAGGUUGAAGGGAAAUUCGAAACGCACUUCCGGUAAUUCGUUGAGUCGGUUGGGGGUCCAGAACAAGGAUCUCUGCGCUGCUUCGCAGACGGUACUAAUCAGAGUUUAGUUAUCGUCUGCACGCAGGCUAGCAUUUGAAGAUCUGCAAGCAGUCGGUACAGCAGAUUAGGAAAUGAAGGCCUUAUCGCGAUUCUUGCAAAACCGCCGUCUUCAUCUCCGAUGAUUGCUAUCCGCACGAGUAGUGACCACCACGGCUCGAAUUUUGGCUACAGUGGUUAAGUAUUUCGAAGAAAACAUCCAGUGUUUGGUAUAAAACUGAAUCCGCUAUCUCUCCUUUUUCAACAGCCGAGAUAACUUUCGUACUUUUCGAAGAAAUCACGUUUUCAGCUAUGUGCGUUAUGCGCAUGCGAGCGUGAUGGCUCGCGCGCGUAUUUUGCUCAUACGACCUCGAACCACGCGUGUUUUUCGCAUUUUUGUGACGUCAGCGCAGUUAAUUAACCGUGAAUUUCUCGCGUUUCCUUCGGUAAAUUUUUUUAAAAAUCACCUCAUUUCUUAACAGUUGCAGUACCUUUGUACUGUCCUUUUCUUGUUAAAAUCUGUAAGAGCCAAACUCCUCUAUUAAGAAAAGUUAGAAAUUUCAAAAUAAUGGCGAAACCGUCUUAACGACCCCAUGUUUUUAGUCUCGCUUCCUUGAGCAGAGCGAGACUCUUAAAAUGCAGUCGUUUUUUUUUUUCGUCGGACCUAGUUUGUAGGCCCCGCGUUCUUUGCGAAGACCGUGGAAACUGGGGAUAAGAAUCGUGACGACUUUCAUUGUAUGGAAAUGAGUCUCUUGAUGAGAAUGCAGUUUAUUUCGGCGAUGACUGAAAUGACGCAUGUAAGUUUGGCAAUGACGUAAUUUUCCUCGAAUGGAGGCCCUUGAUUUUCGUGUAAUUAUGCACGACAUGCAGGCACAUCCCCAAGCAGGAUGAGAAAAUAUUAUAGCUGGGAAAUCCUCAGGAUUUUGUGGCUUUUUAAGGCGUUACGUUUCUCAGAAUAUUGUCGCAAUUACCGGAAAUGUACGGUUAAAUAGUUUCACUUUGAUUUAUGUAUUUAAUUGAUAGAUUUUCGCAGUUGUUACGAUGUGAAGUCGUGUUGCACUUCAUGAAUACUUGAGAUAUGAAGUAUCCACUGUCACGUAAUUUUUACGUGCGCACGUGCGUAAAAUUUGCGUCCGCAAAUAAAAUAAAGGCAAUGCAUGAAAGGCUGCACAUACAAUUAUGUAAGCGUAAGAGUAGAAACUCGCUUAAUUUGACGUUUAAUCUCAAUACUUUAUGUCUUACCUCUAUUUGAUUUACGUGAUUAAAAUUUACGUGCGUUAACAUGCGGAGCCAAAAACGCAUCUGUGGAAAUCCACCCUAACGUGUCAUGGAUGUGUUUAUACGAGUAGCUUUGAACUUGACUAACCGCACACUCUACUUGCAGCACUUCAUGUCCAUAGUUAAUAGAAAUCCCAUAUCGAGCCUUUCCGGAACGGGUUGGUCCAAGAAUUCUAUGGCUUGAAAGCGUUGAUUAUUUUGGAACAACUGAUCACUUCAGUGGUCGAAAAAAAAGAAUAAUCUUAAUGAGCAAAACUUCAAGGUUUACUGGAAAAUCAGGAUCGAGAAAUCGGGGAUCAAGGAUCGGUUAAAAAGAACUUGAAAAUAAAAUAAAUAAAUAAAUCGUGGAUCAGUGAUGACGUGGGCCGCGGACUGUAGAUAAAUUUCACAGAACAUAACCCCCUUCGCUGUACUGAAUGCUAAAUUCAAGUAAACUAAUCCGAGUCUGUUUGAGUCAGUGAUUGUUUUGACGAGAAAGUGAAAUUUUCCGGGAAAAUGAAACGCUUUUUCCUGGUGAUACUGUAAUACAAGAAAAAACGUUUCAACAGUUUUUAAUUUUUAAGUGUACAUUUGCUUUCAGUACUCCUUAUUUUUCUUGUAAUUGUUGUAUGCACGACCCCACCAGCAAUGCUGAUCUUUUUAUCGUGCCAUAAACUAAGGUUCUUACCCACCCACCCACCCACCUACCUACCUAUCUAUCUAUCUAUCUAUCUAUCUAUCUAUCUAUCUAUCUAUCUAUCUAUCGAUCGAUCGAUCGAUCGAUCGAUCGAUCCAUCUAUCUAUCUAUCUAUCUAUCUAUCUAUCUAUCUAAAAUGCAUGCUGUGUACAACUCUAAACAUUGUACUCUGAGACUGUACGGAGAUAUUAACAGUAGAUACAAAGCAGCUAUGGAAAAUGUCAUUACUUUCAUGCGAUAUAUAUAUCUUAUAAAACGGACAACAAAUUCAACGGGAAUACGCGUGAACUGAAUUAACUGGGUGUUGUAUAAGGUUCUGUUCAACUUACACUUUUUUCCUGUGCUGAACAUAUACUGUACCGAGCCGUAUCUUAGUCCGGUACAAAGAGGCUAUCUAUAUUUAUACUGACAGAGUCAUGGGCCCCUGAUACCGAUAAAAAUCAUCGUUCAAUUUUUCGAGUGUAGAAUCCCUGAAAGAGUACUCCUCAAUGGAGCAAUAUCAAUAUGUAGAAGGUUUUCAAAGGUUUCACACCGGUUUGAGGCUAAGAUGUGCAGCCUGUCUCUCCUUGCAAUUUUUACUUUUUGAGUAUAUACAUUAUGACAUACAACAAUCGUUUUGUAUUCCAAACGAAAAAGUAGUAUAACGGCACCGGGGCCUUUGACAACAAAACUCAUCUCCAAGCAAGCGAGACUCAACGCUACUAAGAGCGUUCUUGUUUCCACUUUAAAAUGUUAAGCAAUAUCGUUAAUAUAAAGUGGCAAAGUUUAAAGACAUUUUACGGAGGGAAAUAAGAAAUAUUAAGAAAAAGUGAUCAAGGAUGCGAUGCGAUGCGAUGUGGCCAUGGCAACGGCCUUAAUCCAGAAAAUGAAACUUUAUAAAGGAGCCUUUUUACAUGGGUAAACUUAGCGGUGAAUUUCGUGAACCAAAUCGCAAAGAUAAAGUAACUAGAUUUCGUUCUGUAACGUAUGCUACAUUGCUAGGGUUAUUAAUAAAUACUCUAGGGGGCCACCUUAAAAAGGAUUGGCCCACGUCUUGAGAGUUCAGAAAUUAGGGUAUUUCACUGAAUUCUCAGCAAGUACAAGAUCUCCACAGGUUUCGUAACUUUACCAAAUGUGAUCUUUCAUGUUCCUUUUAAGGAGGUCUUAAGACCCUUCGGAGGACUUUUUAAUUUAAUUUUGUUUAAAAAAAAAAAACAAGAAGUGUUUCUUCCAGUUUGGAUUAAUUUAACUGGACUGAGAUUGUGUAUGCAGAAGUGGAAUUGACCGGUUGAAAAACUCUGCGAAAGAAAACCGCGAUAUCUAAGACCUAUUAUUCGCUUUUCCCCCCUUUUUGUAGGAACCGCUGGUGAUGCGCUUGGUUAUCAUCGUGGUAUGUCAUUUUCCACCAAGGAUCGUGAUAAUGACAAGUGGAGUAGCAACUGUGCCUUGGGUCGUAAAGGCGCCUGGUGGUACAAAAAUUGUCACCACUCCAACCUGAAUGGACAGUACCUCAACGGCAAGGACGACUGUAAAGGAAUGCGCUGGCUCAAUUGGCCGAAGGGUAGCUGCUACUCUGUCAAGAAAACUGAGAUGAAGAUACGUCCAAAAGAUUUUUGAGAUAUUUCUGGCACUUUGUGCUAAGUAAAGCGUACAUCUCUUGAGGUCUUGAUAUUCUAACAAUAACUAUUUUCAAUGAAGUUAAAAUCAAGUAAUCUUCUGCCAGACAAAUGUAUUGAAAAACGCCAUGCAGUUUAAUGAUUCUGAGUUACAUUCGUUUUUAAUUAACCAGUACACUGUAAUAGAGGUGCUUCAAUAAAAACAUAAAUCACUUGAAAAGUUGUAUUUAUCUAAACUGUUUGAAAUGAAAAGCCGGAUUGCAUUUUAACCCAGCCAAUGAAUGCCUCUUUGCAGGACUUUGCUGUGGCACUGUUUUUUUUAUGAGCUGUGUACAACUGAUGUUUCUAAGUUUUGAGUCUGUGGCUGAAAUCCUAAGGUAUGGAACCUUUUCUCCGAAAAUAGCUUCCUACGCAGGCGUUUUCAGGGGAGCUCGUAUUUCGUCCCUCCCCAAAAUAUAUAUAUAUAUACGAGCUCCCCUAAAAACGCCUGCAUGGGAGGCUACUCCGAAAACUGCUACAAGGUUAAAUAUUUCUUCGGGGCUAUCCUGUUCGCUAGCCCUUGACAGAAAAACCGAUGAAUGAUGCUCAUUCCGAUGUAACUAACUACGCCAAGGGCUAGUCAUACAUGAGUACAUAAAAAUUGUUAGGCAGGGAGACCAUUACAGCCUAACCAAUUACAGUGGCUCCCUCGUUAAUAAAAAAAAUCGUUAAAAAAGGAAACAAAACAGAAGUUCAAAUUGCUAGAAGCAGCAGGUCAGCGGGUACUGGAGAGUCCUCGCUAUGUUGCACCUGGGACAGAUUGUUCUCCAGGUUCUGAUGUCGACAACGUCGUACAGGUCCAGAGCCCUAUUGUAAUAUUGAAAUAGUGAGAGAUGUGACUUGAUCGUAACUCAGUGGGCAGAACAUUCCAUGUGCGGCACGCGCGUAUGAAAUUAUGAGCGUUGAUAAGUAACAAUUUUGAAUUUUUGAAAGCAGACUCUGAAUACUUUUCCUUGUAGUUUAUGAACUGGAAAAAAAACGUAAAACUUAACAAUAAAAUUCUUUACUGACCGAAAUAGAAAUAAAAAAUACCUUGCGCACUUUUGCUCAGUUUAAUAUUUUCAAUCACUUGUAAAAAUUAAUGACUUCCUCGUUUGUCCUUAGAAUUCUCCUUUUGUUCUCUAUGGACCCAGGAGCCUAUCUUCCAUUACCCAUCCGCUUUUCCCUCAAUUGACGACAGGGGAGUGCUUUUCCGUCGGAAAAGGAGGUAGUAAUUGAAUUCAUAAUUCAAUACUCGGUCAUUUGUGAUAGAUUGUGUUAGUUGCCAGUUAUCACGAGCCAGAGGAGAAAAAAGUCAUUUGUUUUACUUAGAAGUUUGCUUAUCAAGCAUAGUCUUCGAAAUCGUUCAGUUUGGCCCACGGAAAUCUGUAUCAAAUUUUGCGAAGUCAAAUAAAAUGGCUGUUGCGGAAAUCAAAACUUACAAAGAAAAAGCGCUUUAGUAAACUUUUACACACCAGUUUUUAUGUAAAGAUUGCUUCCACGAGUUGCCUUUCGGCAUGUUUUUUGUGAGAGUAGCUUGGGAUCAUUACAAAAGAGGGUUUUGGCAAUCUGAACGGUGA